CUUUUAGGUAAUUAAAGAAACAAUAUAAAUAAUGAUAAAAAUAAUUCCCGACAGCUCAUGCGAGCGUUGCAAAAAUCUACGUACGCCAAGAGUCCGGUCGAAUCUGUCAAGCGGUCCUUUUCUUACAGAACAUUCUAUCAGGGAACAAGAAUCAAGCAAAGAACUGGAAGAACCGAAGGAGGAGAACAGUGAGCAAGUUGAUGAUGUUGAUCGGAUAUUAGAUAAUUUGCACGGAGUGUGUCCAACUUGCGACAAGCGCUUCUCGAAUAACGCGUUUUUGGAGAAGCACGUAGAGAAAGUCCAUAAGCGUCCUUACAAGUGCAAUCUCUGCUCCAAGUCGUACAAAACGCCGUACCAUUUGAAGGUGCACAAAAAGACGCACACCGAGGUCCAUGAGUGUGUCACCUGCGGAUUAAAAUUCCGAAGGCGUUUGGGUCUGCAACGGCAUCAGAUCCGCUCGCAUAGUACAGCGGAGAAGAAGUACAUCUGUGAUUACUGCGGCAAACAGACCAGACUCAAGUCCGACAUCCUCAUGCACAUCAGUAACGCGCACUCGACCAACCGGGAUAUCUGUGACGUCUGCGGCCGAGUGGUGAAGUACCUCAAGUGCCAUAUGAGAAAGCAUCUGCAGAAGCACGAUCCGAACAAGUUCGCCUGUCACCUCUGUCGUAAGCAGCUCACGAGUCAGUCCAAGCUGGACAAUCAUCUGUUGAUGCACAAGGAAGUCUUCGAGUGCCAAAAUUGUGGUGAACAGUGUAAAGGAUUUAUGGAGAUGUCGCGUCACAAGCGACUGCAUCGUAACAAUAUGGAAAAGUGCAAGAUCUGCGACAAGACGUUUGCCAAAAUGACCUUGCGCACGCACAUAUUAAGCCACGCCGGGCUGCGUCCUUACAAGUGCGACAUUUGCGACGCAGAUUUCACGCAGCGAUCUAGUCUCAUGAGACAUCGAAAGGGCCACCCCGGGCCCCUGCCACCGUUGGCGUCCGUCUCGAUAAGACAGCUUGUGCAGAACGUUUUGCAGAAUCUUUCGUAACUCAGAAUGACAGCGUGAACGAUCUUUCCCUCGUCUGAUGACUUUCAGUCCCGUCGUACUGUGUCGUUGUUAGACGGUGGUAUACAGAGACGCGGAUAAUACGUCUCGUGUUGAUGUUACAGUACGUACGGCAAGUUAAUAAUAUGUUUAAUGUGUUAAAUUGAUCCGGAAAGUUCUGUCUUAUCAAGUCAGAUUAUAAAUUACGAUAUUAUAUUUGUGCAGAUCACUGCGUGAAUAUGAUCGGAAAAAUACGACGAGAAGCGUCAUGAAACAUUUUCGCCAUAAAAAUGUUCUUUGCCUCAUGAUAAUGAUGUUCAAAUAAUGUAAUAAGUUAUCACACACGAGUGAACGUGUACUCAGUAGUGAUAUACUCGACUGUUGCUUUCGUCGCAAAAGUAAAUAAAGAUUUCAUACGACGUUUUAUACUCCAGUUGCAAA